AUGGCACGCAAUCUCCGCGCCCCAACCGCCCCUUACAGCGAGCCUCUGCUACCUCAACUCGACCUACGAAAUCCCUACUACACCGACCUACACCACAACCUUCGCGCCUGGGUCCGCGAAUACGUCGAAACUUCCAUUGCUCCAUAUGCAGCAGAGUGGGAAGCUGCAGGGGAAGUCCCCGAGUCGGUCCGCCGCCGUCAUUGCGAGCUGGGCUUCGGAAUCGUUCACCCUCUCACAAGCAACGAGAACGCAGCUGGCUUGUCGCUGCCGGGAAAUGUGCCGCCAGAGAAGUGGGACACCUGGUGCUCGCUGAUCGUGUCAGAUGAACUGACGCGCGUGGGCUACGUCGGCGUCAUUUGGGGCCUUGGUGGCGGAAAUGGGAUUGGAUGUCCGCCGAUCGCUAAAUUUGGGACUCCCGAGCAGCAGAAGCGGUGGUUGCCUGGUGUUGCGAAGGGCGAUAUUCGAUUUUGCCUAGGAAUAACCGAGCCAGAUGCUGGGUCCGACGUCGCGAAUAUCCGCACGACUGCGACGCGUGACGGCGACCACUAUAUUGUCAAUGGCGCAAAGAAAUGGAUCACAAAUGGUAUCUGGGCUGACUACUGUACGGCAGCAGUCCGAACGGGUGGUCCUGGAAGAACUGGAAUCAGUCUGCUUGUUAUUCCUUUGGCUGCACCUGGAGUGGCCCUUCGAAGGAUGUUUAACUCGGGCGUGAACGCGAGCGGAUCAACCUUUAUCGAACUCGACGAGGUCCGCGUCCCUGUCGCAAACCGAAUUGGAGAGGAGAACAGAGGUUUCCCUCUGAUCAUGUCAAACUUCAAUCCUGAACGACUAGCAUUAGCGUGUGCAUCCUUGCGACUUGCUCGUGUCUGUGCCGAGGAUGCAUUCAACUAUGCAAUUCAGCGAGAAACAUUCGGCUCUCCUCUCAUUCAGAAGGAGGCUAUUCAGUCGAAGAUCUUCAAGUUUGGUCUGAUGAUUGAGCCAGCAUAUGCAUUCAUGGAGCAACUCGUCAAUAUUCUCGAGCUGACCAAAGACCGGCCGGUGGACGAUGUCAAGAUCGGUGGUAUGACAGCCUUGUUGAAGGUAAUGUCUACUCGAGCACUGGAGAAAAGCGUUCGUGAGGCACAACAGAUAUUCGGCGGUGCUGGCUAUAACAAAGCUGGCAAGGGAGCACGGGUUGAACAAAUCAGCCGUGAUGCUCGUGUCCAUGUCGUGGGUGGGGGAUCGGAAGAAAUUAUGCAGAAACUGGCACUCCAAGAGGAGACCAAGGCUCUGAGGACUAGAAGAAAGGCUCUCGAGAAACGGCAGUCGAAGAUUUAG